CCCUCGCCCCGCCGCCAUCUUCCCCCUCCCUCCUUCCCUCCCUCCGUCCCUCACACCGCCCCCGCCGAGUGACGCGCGGCCCCGCCCGCCCGGGGCUCAGCGCGGGGGACGGCGGCGGCGGCGGCGGAGCGGCCGCACCAGCGCUGCCGGCGGUGCCCGGAGUCCUGCGGCGCAGCUCCGCGGGCGGCAGGUGAUUUUAACCAGCGCUGAUGUGCCCAGCAGCGUGUGUGUGCAUGUUCAGUGUCUUUCCAGGCAUCUCCUCUGUCCUUUUCAAUAGAAGAGAUGUUUGAAAUGUAGGGAAGAGAAGGCAUAGAGAAGUUAACAGUAUGUCCAGGCUCAUUCAGCGAAGGGUGGCAAGACAGAAGUGGAUUUCUGCACGGUGGCUUAGGCCAGUGAGACAACUGUUAGACAAAAUUGCCUUUUUUGGUAUAUGUCAGCUUGAUUUUGGAAGAAAAUAAAUCUGCAUUUAAAGCCUCGGAGUCAUAAUUUUCAUUUUUUGAAUUAACUAUCUGAAUUUUUUUGCCUUGGUAUAUCUAUCACUUUAAACAUUCAAAAAUCAAAAUGACACAUUUAGGAAAAAGAAUUAAUCUGUAGUUUUUUCCAGUUGUCAUCUCUUUUGGAGUUGUGGGAUAUCAUUCUUGAACAUUUACUUUUUUAUUUAUAUAUUGAAGAGGAAAAACUAGAUUUCCUGUUUUUACAGCUCCCAGAUUGUAUCUUGGCUUUGAAUGAACUAGUUCAAUUUGUUGAGAUGAAUAGGAAACUCUGCAUUUUCAGAAAAGGCUACUUUUGUCCAAAGCUGAUGUGCUUUGCCAGCCUAUGGCUCAGCUAUUCAGCUGAUGACAUCUGCCAGUCCAGAACUCUGCCAUGCUUUAAAAAUCCUGGCACUGAUAUGUACUGCCUUAAUAAUUCCUUGUAUCAUGCUAUCCUUCAGGGUGUCCGUGCCCUCCUGUAGCUUGUAAUCCUUUUUGGCAAGGGGGAAGGUCUCACAGUUGUUAAAUACCAACCUGAUGUGAGAAAACAGAUGGCUCCAAACAGGAGAGAAACCUCCACAGGAUCCAAACCCCAGGAGAGGUAUCCCUGGAGUCAGCAAUCUGACAAGGAGGCUGGGAAUGGAGUGCAUGGAUGUCAGCAGUGGGACAUUUUACCAAAACAAAGCAUCCAUGGAACCGUUGUCUAAUCAAUGACUUGUAAGUGCAGGAAUUGGUGCUAUUAGAUUGGAAACAGGUGCUACAAGAUGCCAAGUGAAGUGCUUGAGAGCAGCAGCGGGAUGGAGGAAACAGUGCAGAAAGACAGCAAGUCUGGAGGCCAGAGCCCUCGCUCUGGCACAAUGAAAAGGGCUGUUGCAACCACCGUCACCUUUGAUGGGGAAGCCACUAUGGACCGGAGGAAAAAGAAGAAAAAAGAGUCCCGUCCUGAGUCAAUAAUAGUGUAUCGAUCAGAGAGUGACAAUAAGGUGGAAGAAGAACAGGCGGAUGAAGAAGGAGGGGAGAGGAGCUCUGAGGAAGGCUCCAAGUUCCUGGGCCAGUCUAUGGCAGAUGGUGUCUGGAACAUGCCUUUAGACAGCCGAUAUGUCACCCUGACUGGAACAAUCACCAGGGGAAAGAAGAAGGGUCAGAUGGUGGACAUCCAUGUCACACUGACAGACAAAGAGCUGCAGGAACUGGCUAAGUCAAAGGAACCUCCUAAAGAGGACGUACCCGAGAAGAAGAAGAAAUGUGAUGUUGGGUUGGACAGAGGACCCCACAUUGUCCUCUGGACCAUCAUCUGCCUCCCCGUCAUUUUUGUAGUGUCCUUCGUGGUUUCAUUCUACUACGGAACCAUUACAUGGUACAACAUCUUCUUGGUGUACAAUGAAGAGAGGACCUUCUGGCACAAAAUCACCUUUUGUCCCUUUUUGAUUAUCUUCUACCCAAUUAUAAUUAUGGUUGUUUCUUUUUCCCUAGGCCUGUAUUCAGCUGUGGCCCAGGUAGCAUGGUCCUUUGGGUACUGGUGGCGUGCUGUCAGGGAUAUGGAGAAGGGCUUCUGUGGCUGGCUCUGCAGCAAGCUGGGCUUGGAAGAUUGUUCUCCAUACAGCAUUGUUGAGCUGCUAGAUUCUGACAAUAUCUCAGGUAGUCUCUCUGGCAAGAGCUCUGCGCAGGGUGUUGAAACCUCAGCAGUCUGAGCCUUUGUCCUGGAUGACUAUUUUGGUCAUAUGCGAGUGGUUUUCACCUGGAAAAUAACACACUGAUUUUUUUUCAAAUAUAUGUAUAUAUUUAAACACAAGCUUAAUGAAUAAAAUAUUGGGCUGGGAGUGCUCUUUAAAUAUCACAGAAUGCAGGAAUGCUAGCUUCAUGUGCUCUGGGUGGGGAGAUCCAAGGAUUUGUCAUCUCUUGUGGCUAAUUACAGCUUCUGGGAAUGGUAAGAAAAUCCAGGUCUGCAGGGCUCAGGCUGUUUGAGGAGUGGCAGAGAUACAUGAUGCAAAGUCUGCUUCUGUCACAUUAGACUUUGCUUUUCAGAAAUAGGGCAUAACAGUGACCCACUGACCCAGAAAAGAAGUCUCUGUUUAGGGGAUGAACUUCAGGAGGUAGGAAUCCAUUCAGAGGUGAAGGCUAAAUUGCAAAAUGUGUGGUGUUCCUGCAGUUUUCCUAGAAAGGGUGCUUUUCCAGUCCUUCCAACAAGUGCAGCUAACUUAGGUAGACUGACUGCUUAGACAAUAGUCAGAAUUUGACAAACAGACCACUGGAAUAGUUAUGCCCAGCCUUUCACUGGGAGAGGAGAGCAGAGCAGCCAGCAAUGGCCUGUGAGCUCUGUGCUGACCUGAAACACCCCCAUCACACAAAGAAAGAGUAGGGCUUGCUUUGUAAGGCAACAUGUGGGGACCUGAUGAGCCUGUCACCAAGCACCUUGAGGUAGCUGUAGGUGCAUAGAUGGGUGCUUGGGACACACCUGCAUUUGAUCUCUUGGUAGGUGCACUGCUAGGAAGGAUUGAGCUAUGGGAGUCAUACACAAUGUGCAGUGCAAACAGUUGCGUUAUAGGGAAGAAACACCUGCUCUGAGGAAGGGUGAUCAGUUUGCAUCUCACUGCAAUGCAGGUGCAGACAGGUAGCAUCUGGAUUUAGGGAGGUGGAGUUGAAGGUACUUGGGAUGGGAAGGUGUCAACGAAACAAGUAAUUCUGGUUUUUAAGUUGCUCUUACGGGAGAGCUGUCACAUCUCCCCUUUCAGAAUGGGAGCCUUUCAGAGCCUAUGUCUAUUAGUGCCUCAGAUCUGGAAAUCUGUGUCCACUUCUCCCCUCCCCCCCUUCCUGGUUAAUUAUAUGGAAGAGCAAUGGAUCAUACAUCCUCCUCCCCUCAAGUCUCAUUUUCCUAAUUAGUUUCCCUUCGUUUGGGACUUUGCAUGUCAAGGUGGGCUCCCUGACCAGGCUGAUGUGGCCACUAGGAACUGGAGAAUUUUUAAUUGUCUCUUUAAAAAGACAGCUAGCAGAAAAGUUCUUUUUUACUGCAUUGACUGUUGGGGUUUGGGCCUAUGAAGGACAUGAGAAAAAGAGAGUUUUAAUGGAUUCUGAUGGGCACUGAGUUACACAUGUGAAACAUGAUUUAUUUUCUGAGUGCUGUAGUUCAGCUGGUGCUGCUAGAAAGUCUGUCUGAGCCCCAACCCAGAGGAGCCAACCAUUUGCAUGUGUGUAGGUAGGUAAGUCGUGGUGUGCAAUCUGUCAGCUGCACAGUCACUCAUGUCUGUGUAGAUGUUUCACUUCCCCAGUCUCCCUCCGAGAUGGGGAGCCGCUCUAGUUUUAGGAUGGUAAAAAGAAGCAUUCAGAAGCUGGAUUUCACAGAAACUAAUGCUUUGUGUUGCAUUUUAAGGAUGACCUCAAGACUACACUGACUGUCUGUCCUGGUUAGAACAUCUGGGAACCAGUGAUGUAUAGACAAGUCCAUCCAAUCCUCUAGGCCUGACACUGAGAAAUAAGUAGUUCCUGCUGCAUCCUUGGUCCCUGAGAGGCAUGGUCAAAAGAGCCUCUUAGCACUGGCUGGAGGAUUAACAGUGUGAAUAGUGUACAAACCCAAUAUCAAGGGCAGGCUUGGCCCUACACUUUAUUGACAAAGCAGAGGUGCUCCCUGGCGCAGGUACAGCCAGGCUGUGUUUGCUUCUUCCUGCUUUCAGUUUUUACUGGUGAAGUCUUUCAAGGCAGUGACCAACUUCCAGCAAAAAAAAAAAGAAAUAAAAAAAACCAGACUCCAACCUGUGAGACAAUGUCAGAUAGUUCAGUGGGGUUCAAAGAGGCUGACAAUUGCCUGGGACUGGUUCAAGCAGUGAAAUGCCUUUCACAGGUCUGUCCUGAACAGGCAGGUUGAUAUGCCUCUGAAUUAGCUGAGGACAAGUCAUGCCAGUGCUGGCAAUCUGUAGUGACCCAGUGCAUCCACUCUGCUUAAUAGUGUUCCACAUGGAAAUCACAGGCUCCCACAUGGCUGGAGGGUGGGAAGAAGUGAUUCUUAACAAGCAUUAAGGAGAAGGAAGGUCCACUGGCAAGCGUUCUCACACUUUGCCUGAAGGGACAUUGCUGGCAUGAAAGAAGUGGAUUGUGUAUCUUGGCCCCCACAUGCAGCAAACAAGUUUGAGGAAAGGAUGGCUGGCAAGUGUGCACUGCUGCGGAGGGAGAAAACCCAAUUCAGCUGUCACUGACAAACAGCAGCUGUUCAAGGCUACAUGAAAGGCUGGGGUCAGUUGCACAAAGAGUCUUUAGCUUACAGAGGGCUUGAAUGAUAAAUACUAGCUCAUUACGGAAUACAGCCAUGUGAAAUGUCUGCUGAGCUGCAGGAUUUGCUUUCAGGAUUGCAAAUAGCCUGCUGGAGUGGAGAAAAAAACAGAUCUAUGCCUCUUACUGCUAUGUAGACACCAAGGAGUGUCAGAGGAGUCAUAGUACCCUCCCUCUGCCAUGGCAGCUGUGCUUCUGGGUUUGGAGGUCACCUUUUGGGGGAUAUACUGGGACAAUCCAUAGUGUGUUUUCUACUUGUUUAUACUUAACCAAGCUUGCCUUGGCUCCUGCUAAAGUCAAGGUGUGCCACUGAUUUUGGUGUGGGCUAUUUUAAGCUUGGGGUUAGUUCUGGUGCUAUUUGUAGAAGUUUAAUUCAAACUUUUCCCCAAACAACUCUGGAUAGCUUUCUCUCUUGCCCAUUAUCCUCUUGUAGCAGUUUGCCUGCUGCAAAAUAUAUAAUCAUUAUCAAUUAUUGUAAUAGAAAAAAGCACAAGUUUUUGUCUUGUUCUACCUGCUUUCAGAAACUCACAAGUCAUUUCUGCUUAUGUGCCACUGUCCAACUGCAGGGAAUUCCAGUUAUUCUGAUUGUUGAGUGUGUUUCUGGCUGCUCUAGUCUGGAUUUUUUUUUUUUAAGUAAAGAUAGCGUGCGUUUGCUUAUUAUUUUUAAUUGCAUUUCCUUUCCCCAUCCUUGCUGGCCUGGGUGGAGAAUAAAGAUGUAUGUGGCUUUACAA